CCAGAACAGCUAAAACUGCUUAAAGUUAAUAAACGAGGAAUUAACUUCAACUUAUUAUUGAUUGGUAAGAAUGGAGUCGGUAAAAAACUGUUUAUCAGUAGUUUAUGUGAGGAAGAAUUAGCCUUUGAGGAGAAUAAGCAGGAAAAAUUAAGUAUAGUUAGCGUCAGUAAAGAAAUUAUCGAAAAUUCCGUUCCCAUCAAGUUGAAUAUAUCAAUUACUUCAAAUUUUGGUAAUGAAUUAAAUAAUAAAGAACAAAUCAGUCAGAUUAAUCAAUUUAUUGAAAAUAAGUUUCAAGCAAUCUUGGAUGAAGAAACCAAAAUCAAUCGGGUAAUACCAAAAAAUGAUUCCAGAAUUCAUCUUUGCUUAUACUUUAUUGAUUGUAAAUUGAGUGAAUUAGAUAUUAAAGUAAUUGAAAAAAUUGGUGAACGAGUUAAUUUAAUCCCAGUUUUAAAUAAGGUUGAUUGUUUAACACGGGAAGAAUUUAAAUUAACUCAUGAAACAAUUGUAAAUCAAUUAGAAAAUAUGAAAACAUUCAAUUUUAUUGAUUUUUUCGAAGAUUCAGAUUAUGAAUUAGUUAAUUUACAAAAAAAAAUACCUUUUGGAAUAGUAUCAGGGGGAAGAAAUUAUAAAUGGGGAAAAGUUGAUUCAAAUUAUGGAGAUUUCAAGUUAUUGAAAACAAUAAUUUUAACAAGUCAUUUACAAGAUUUUAAAGAAAUUACUGAAUUACAAAAAUAUGAAUUAUUUAGAUUACAAAAAUUAACAAAUUAA